AAUAAAAACUAUUACACAUCAAAACCAUGGAAUACAAAAUUAUUAAGCAUGUGAAAGCGGAAUGCCAAACAUGAUUUGAAGCUAAUAAUAGAAAGGUGGAGAAACCAGAAGAACGAUUGAAUCCAUCAUUUAUCCGAGGUGUAAGCUCACAUGAGAUUUGUAUGGUUGAUGGACCAUGCACUCAUGACUCACUCUUUAGUGGAUGUGGAUGGAUGGGUUUGAAUAUAUUCAACAUGUAAAAUUCAACUCUUGAGAGCUAAAAAUUAGAGGAGGAUAAUGUCAUCGAUACAUACAUACGGAGGUUGAUACCCUAUAUUUGGAUAUAGAAUGCAUUCUAUAAAUGUCAAUGUGUCAACACUUUGGUACUAAUUGCAACGAUUUGAUUUCGAUGAUACAAGAUUUAUAAGUAUGGUCAAACUUUUUAAGGGAGUUAAAGAAAUUAUCAAAACUGAGUAAUAGAUUUGUAGAUUUUUAUGUUGUGUAUCAUUUUCGUUCUGAAAACAAAACAAAAAAGAUUUAUUAUCUAAGAUUACGGAAACAUAUCAUAGGAAUAAGUAUUACACUGAUUGUUUUAUCCCAGUCUAAUUUUUUAGAUCAUUUCAAGCUUGUUUUUUUUUUGAACACCAGAUCAUUUCAAGCUUAAAUAAGAAAUUAACCGUAUGAUGUGAAAAAAAAAGAAGAAAAGAAGAUAACUACUACAAAAUCGAAAAGACUAAUUUUUAAAAAAGGGAAAAAUAUCGGAAAGCUUAGGUCAGCCUCAAAUUCGAAACGCUCUACCGACCCGUAACACCAAUUGGGCCUAAAACCUAAUAAAUAAAGGCUCAAGCCUGUUAGUUCCAUUAUAGAAUAUCCAAUAAUUAUCCCAUGUAUAUUUAAAUAAACAAAAAAAAAAAAGUUUAACCAAAGCUGAAGAGUUUUUAACUUUUAACUCUCUUCGACUUCUCCUGCCGUGUCAAAUCAACCUACUGUUCUCUCUCUCUCUGUCCUAUCUGAUUAGGGUUUUUGGGUGAAAUGGAUUGCGACCGAAACAAGCUAUUCGUUGGAGGCAUACCGAGAGAGACUAGUGAAGAGUCUCUGAAGCAGCAUUUCAGUAGAUAUGGAGCUGUGCUGGGAGCUCUCGUUGCUAAGGAGAGAGCCACUGGUCAACCCAGAGGGUUUGGCUUUGUUCGCUUUGCUAAUGCUCUUGAUGUUGACAAGGCUCUCGCUGAUUCUCAUUUCAUCCUCGGUCGUGCCGUUGAUGUGAAAAAGGCGAUUCCGAUACAUGAUAUGAGAUAUCAGCAACAGAACAUGCAACCAUAUGUGAGUCAAGUCCAACAGAACAACGGUGGUGGUGUUCACGACAUCUUAAGUAAUGGUAAUAACAACAACAACCACAGGACCAAGAAGCUGUUCGUUGGGGGGUUAUCAUCCGAGACGACAGAAGAGGAGUUCAAGACUUACUUUGAGAAAUUCGGCAAGACGACCGAUGUGGUUGUGAUGCAUGACAGCGUGACGAACAGGCCGAGGGGGUUCGGGUUCGUCACGUAUGAUUCAGAGAACUCUGUUGAGAUCGUAAUGCAGAGUCAUUUCCAUGAGUUGAGUAAUAAGCGCGUGGAGGUGAAACGCGCAAUACCUAAAGAAGGGAUCCAGAGCAAUAACGGCGGUGGUAAUCAUCAUCACCUUCCUCCUACCUACAGCAGCUUUAAAGCAACACCGUAUGUGCCUGAGAGUAACGGAUAUGGGAUGUUUCUCCAGUAUCCUCCUCCUGUCUAUGGUUAUCAUCAAGGUCUCCCAGGCUUUCACUAUCCUUAUGGUUAUCCAGUCACAGCUCAAGGGCCUAACCUUCCAUGGAAUAACCAGAUUAUGCCACCCACCACCGGAUUUUACGGCCAUCCUCCUCCUCCUCCCACCAACACUCCUUGGUGUCUCCCUUACAUGAACGGGUUUGAUCCUGCGGGUAUGAGCGUUACUGUGUUCAAUGCUAUGCCAUGGCCUGUAGCUGGUGAUGGAGUUGGUGUGAUAAUACCUCGGUUAGAAGAUAUGAAGCUCGAGGUCCCUAGUCAAGCCCAUGAGAGAAUGAAUGGAGGUAUCAUGGGGAAGACAUUGCCCAAUGGUACAUAUAGAUGACAGUUGCAGAAUAAAAAUGCUGUUAGGAUCUCACAAGGCUACUGAAAUUCUUUUAAACUCUUUUAAUCGUUUUAGGUCUCUCAUCUUUUCUUUCUUAACGUACAUGUGUUGGUGGCUUUGGUUUCCUUGUAUAUUAUUUAGCUAUUUUAUUUAACCCCGAAAACAUCUGUAAUAUAUAACAUCAUUUGUAAUAUGCCACACUUAUUUCGUUCAACCUCUUUUGCUUUAUGUGGUGU